CUGGCAGCGCGGGGCUGGGGAAGUUGCGCUUACACGAGAGAUGGCUUCGCAGCGGGGAUCGCUCUGAGGAAAGGUCUCCCCCUCCCUCGCCUCCCCCCGGCGCCGCGGCCUCCGAACUGUAAGUGGCAGGAAGGAAGUAAAGUUGCAAACAACCUGCCGCGGCAGGAACUUUGUGAGCUGCUCCAGCUGCAUGUGUUCAAGGUGCCUUUGAUGUACGUGCAGCAGCUUCUGGAAAGUGGACUGCAGCUUUCCCACCCGCCAGCCCUCCCUCUCCCCAACCCUUCCCAGCCUCCCCUCCCACCACCGCCACUUCAGCCCGCACACGCAAUUUGUGUGAGAAGAAAAAAAAAAAAAGUGAUGAACGAGAAGUGGUGAAUUACCCAAGCGACUUUCCUCAAAGAGCGAGCGAGCCGGGGAGAGGAGCCGGGGCGACCCCCGCGCUCGCAGCGCCGGGAGGGACCCGCGGGGCUGCCGGGCUGCGAACGCGGCUCCGCAGCGAGAUGCAAAAAGCCUCAUCUGCUUGCCUUUGACUUGCGAUGCCGGCUCCUCACUAGAAUGCAAACCCUUGCACAGGAUGAAAACAGGUCAUUCUUCCAGAAUGCCAGAGGAAAGUUCGCCAAAGCGGAGUCCUCAAAACAUCCCAUACAAGGAUCUGCCCCAUAUCAUCAAUGCUGAUGGGCAGUACCUCUUCUGCAGGUAUUGGAAGCCAGAAGCAUCUCCCAGAGCCCUGGUGUUCAUUGCCCACGGCGCUGGGGAGCACUGCGGCCGCUACGACGACUUGGCCCAGAAGCUGACAGGACUCAACUUGUUUGUGUUUGCCCAUGACCAUGUUGGCCACGGGCAGAGCGAGGGUGAUCGGAUGGUUGUGUCAGAUUUCCACGUCUUCAUCAGGGACAGCUUGCAGCACAUUGAUCUCAUGAAGAAGGAGCACCCCAGACUGCCUGUUCUCAUCCUGGGGCACUCCAUGGGGGGAGCCAUCUCCAUUCUGACAGCUAGUGAGCGACCCAGUGAGUUUUCAGGCAUGCUGUUAAUCUCUCCUUUAGUGGUAGCCAGCCCAGAAGUCGCCACUCCCAUCAAGGUUUUUGCAGCAAAAGUGCUCAACUUUGUGCUCCCAAACCUAUCACUGGGGUCCAUAGAUCCAAGUGCAAUUUCCCGGAACAAGAAAGAGAUGGAGUCUUACACAUCUGAUCCCCUGGUGUACCACGGUGGCAUGAAGGUGUCCUUUGUCAUCCAGCUGAUGAACGCCAUAGCCAGAAUCGAGCGAGCGCUGCCCAAGCUGACCCUGCCCAUCCUGGUGCUACACGGCUCCUCCGACAAGCUCUGCGACAUCAGGGGCUCCUACCUGCUCAUGGACACCGUGCAGAGCCAGGACAAAACACUCAAGGUGUAUGAGGAAGCCUAUCAUGCCCUCCACAAAGAGCUGCCUGAGGUCUCUACCUCUGUCUUCACAGAAAUACUGACAUGGAUUGGCCAGAAGGUCUCAGCAGCUGGGGAAACCAGCCAUACUUAAGAGCAAUUGCAUUUGCAGCUCUUACUGGGCUUUUCUAGGAACAGAUGUUUUUCUUACUAGAAAUCUCUUGGGAAAAGAUCUAACAUGGAGGGAUUCUUGGAAUAUUUUAUCACACACAGCUUA